AUGAAAUUCCUCACCACCAACUUUGUGCAAUGUGCAGUUAAGUCAUGUCACUCCUCCCUCACAUCGUUCCCCUUACAAUACGAAGAAUGUCAAUUAGUACAACAAGAACAAGACUAUAACCCUGAAUUUAUCGUACACAUGCUUGAACGUCUUGACUGGAACGCUAUAGUUCAAGUCGCCAAAGAUCUCGGGAACGAAAGUUUGCCAGCUAAUAAGCCUGAAGAUUUAGAUCCGAUUAUGGAAGACAGUCAAGCGGUUUUAAGAGAUUUGCAUACAUUACUAGUGGAGACUCAAAUCGUUGAGGGGAAAAUGGUUUGUAAGAAUUGCGGACAUAUUUACUAUAUCAAGAAUUCAAUUCCUAAUUUCCUUUUACCUCCACAUUUGGCUAAUUAG